AUGGUCGGAAGUCUCAUGAACGGGGCACCACCGGGCUCCGUUGGAACCUGCACCAAAUCAGGCUGGACAGAUCGAGAAGUGUUCCUCCAGUGGUUCCAGCACUUCUUGAAGUCAGUGAAACCACGGGUUGAGGAAAAGCACAUCCUCAUUUUGGACGGCCACCAUAGCCACAAAUCUAUCGAGGUGAUCGACCUGGCGCGAGAGCACGGCGUGACGAUCAUAACGCUCCCACCACAUUCAUCGCACAGGAUGCAGCCAUUGGAUAUGGGGGUGUUCAAAGCUAUUAAGAGCAGCUAUAACAGCGCCGCCGACAGCUGGAUGAGGGCCCAUCCCGGCAGACGCGUGACGGAGUACGAGGUCGCACAGAUCUUUGGCACCGCCUACACCAGGGCAGCGACGAUGGAGCGAGCUAUCAAUGGCUUCAGAGCGUCUGGUAUCUGGCCGUGCGAAAUGCUCUUCACAGAAGAGGAUUUCGCACCAGCGGGUCUCACAGAGGAAGAGCCAGAUGAAAAUCCAAUGGUGGAUGGCUUCAGGCCCCGCGAGGAGCGCACGACAGUGCCGCCCGAGCGCGAUGGAGGAGCCGGUCCCAGCGGCGUGGCGGUGCCGUCCGCUGACGGUAGAGGAGCCGGUCCCAGCGGCGUGGCAGCGCCGCGCACUGACGGUAGAGGAGCCGGUCCCAGCGGCGUGGCAGCGCCGCGCACUGAUGGUGGAGGAGCCGGUCCCAGCGGCGUGGCGGCGCCGCCUCCUGAUGGUGGAGGAGCCGGGCCCAGCGGCGUGGCGGCGCCGCCCCCUGAUGGUGGAGGAGCCGGGCCCAGCGGCGUGGCGGCGCCGCCCCCUGAUGGUGGAGGAGCCGGGCCCAGCGGCGUGGCGGCGCCGUCCACUGAUGGUGGAGGAGCCGGACCCAGCGGCGUGGCGGCGCCGUCCACUGAUGGUGGAGGAGCCGGACCCAGCGGCGUGGCGGCGCCGCGCACUGAUGGUGGAGGAGCUGGUCCCAGCGGCGUGGCGGCGCCGCCUCCUGAUGGUGGAGGAGCCGGGCCCAGCGGCGUGGCGGCGCCGCCCCCUGAUGGUGGAGGAGCUGGUCCCAGCGGCGUGGCGGCGCCGCCCCCUGAUGGUGGAGGAGCUGGUCCCAGCGGCGUGGCGGCGCCGCGCACUGAUGGUGGAGGAGCUGGUCCCAGCGGCGUGGCGGCGCCGCCCGCUGAUGGUGGAGGAGCUGGUCCCAGCGGCGUGGCGGCGCCGCCUCCUGAUGGUGGAAGAGCCGGGCCCAGCGGCGUGGCGGCGCCGCCCCCUGAUGGUGGAGGAGCUGGUCCCAGCGGCGUGGCGGCGCCGCCCCCUGAUGGUGGAGGAGCUGGUCCCAGCGGCGUGGCGGCGCCGCCCCCUGAUGGUGGAGGAGCUGGUCCCAGCGGCGUGGCGGCGCCGUCCACUGAUGGCAUUAACCUGGCCUGGUAG